CCCAGGUACGGGGCGGACCCAGGGGCGGGCGAGCCCUGAGCCGGCGCGGUCUCGUAGCCGGAUUUGGAGCGCGGCGCCGGCGGGGGCCGGAGGGGGCGGCGCGGCGGACCUCGGUGGCCUCGGACGCUCCUCCUCGAGAGCGGCCGCCGCCCGCCUCCGCCCGCGCUAGCAGCUCUCUCGCCCCGGCCGGCACCCGCCGCCGCUCCAGGCCGCUCACUUGGGACGCGCUCACCUGAGACCAGGCGCCCGCCUCCCUCACCUGGGCCAGGAUGAAGGACCGGCUGGAGCAGCUGAAGGCCAAGCAGCUGACGCAGGAUGAUGACACGGAUGAGGUUGAGAUUGCUAUUGAUAACACAGCCUUCAUGGAUGAGUUCUUUUCUGAGAUCGAGGAAACACGUCUCAACAUUGACAAGAUCUCGGAGCACGUGGAGGAAGCUAAGAAACUCUACAGUAUCAUUCUCUCUGCACCGAUCCCAGAGCCAAAAACCAAAGAUGACCUUGAACAGCUCACAACUGAGAUCAAGAAAAGAGCCAACAACGUCCGGAACAAGCUGAAGAGCAUGGAGAAGCAUAUUGAGGAAGAUGAGGUCCGAUCAUCAGCAGACCUUCGGAUACGAAAGUCCCAGCACUCCGUCCUUUCCCGGAAGUUUGUGGAGGUGAUGACAAAGUACAACGAGGCUCAGGUGGACUUCCGUGAACGCAGCAAAGGGCGCAUCCAACGGCAGCUUGAAAUUACUGGCAAGAAGACAACUGAUGAGGAGCUGGAAGAGAUGUUGGAGAGUGGCAACCCAGCCAUCUUCACUUCUGGGAUCAUUGACUCCCAGAUUUCCAAGCAAGCCCUCAGUGAGAUUGAGGGUCGGCACAAGGACAUCGUGAGGCUGGAGAGCAGCAUCAAGGAGCUCCACGACAUGUUUAUGGACAUCGCCAUGCUAGUGGAGAAUCAGGGUGAGAUGUUAGAUAACAUAGAGUUGAAUGUCAUGCACACAGUGGAUCAUGUGGAGAAGGCACGGGAUGAAACUAAAAGAGCCAUGAAGUAUCAGGGACAGGCUCGGAAGAAAUUGAUAAUUAUCAUUGUGGUAGUAGUUGUGUUGCUGGGCAUUUUAGCAUUGAUUAUUGGACUGUCCGUUGGGCUGAAAUAAGAGUGGCCUAAGGGGUGCUGCACUGAAAUAACCAGAUUUCACUCCAGCUUGGUCUGACCACUCUUGUCUCCAGAUGGGAACAGAGUUUGAAUGACCUUCCUGAGAAUGAGGGGGUACCUUUAUUUCCUUGUAACCAUCCUUGGACCUGGCUCAGUAAACAAUCUACCCCCGGAAGAAUCUAACCUACCUGAUGCAGCCCUGAGUUCUCCUCAAAACCAUCUCCCAUCCUAGCAGCUGAAGUACCCUUUUCUGGACUCUGUGAAGCAACCCCAUGUGUUGGUGUGUAGGUUAUGCCUUGUACCUUGGAAAAUCCCAGUGAGACCAGCCAAGGUGCUGUAUUUCUACCUCAUGGAGUAUUCUCCGGGAAUAUACUUUGUAGGGGAGUAACUAACAAAGUAGAGGAGUUCUAAGUUUAGCAGUAGUGUGGCUUGGAUCAGAGCCCCUAGCUGGCAGGAUGCCAAUCCUUACUUUGUUGUCCGAUGUCCUGAAAAUAUGAAAGACUAAUAGAUGCCAUUUUGGUCUUCCAAGUUGGCUUAUUUGACACUUACCUAUUAAUUAAGCUCUAACUUUAUUGUGGGCCACAUUGAUUUUUCUCUAUAUUCGCUCGUUUGCUCAGAGAGACCAGGGUGACAAGUCCUCUGAAGCUACCAUUGGCAAAGACUGAGGCUAUGAUAUAUGCUUCUAUGUCUAAGCCUUAGAAACUGGCUAGUCACUGUUAUAGAAUUGCUCUUUGUGAAGACAUUACUUUGAGGCCAAAUAGAACCAGGGAUUUAUUUAAAGCUGGUCCAGGGACAAGGUGCUACCGUCUCAGGCUCUGGAAAUGUCAAUCAUUUGUGUGUUCCAGGUGUACUUUUGUAACUAUGUAUGUGAGAGAUAUGUACAUAAUUGUUUGCAUCUCAGGAAGUAGGGAAACUAGAAGAUACUAUGACCUCAAGAGAGAGAGAGAGAGAGAGAGAGAGAGAGAGAGAGAGAGAGAGAGAGAGAAAGAGAGAAAGAGAGAGAGAGAAAGGUAAACAGAGCAGAGCUUGGCCCAAAUCAGGUAAGGUAUAUAUGCUUACCUCAAAUGAAUCAUUGUAGAAAUGUGAUUUUUUCCCCCUUGCCAACAAGCUUAUUUUCUGGAUGGCUGCUGAUAUGAGAAUCAAAUGAGACCUUUGGAAUAAGGACUAAAUUGAUUCCCAUAGAAGUUUUCUGCAUGGCAGAUAGUGUGUAACGUUGAUUUACUUCCAUCUGCUGCUUACAAGAGGGUUGUCCAAAGAACAUCUCACAACUGUCUGAUGUUAUGUACACUAUCCACGUGAUGUUUCUCUCUGGCAGAAGACUUGGGAGGCUAUAGAGUGAACGGUUCUUCUUGCUUUCUUUUUGUCUCCUGUAAUUCUUAUCAUGGAGGCAAUAGCCUGGAAAUCAGUGAUUGCAACCCAGUGGUAAUCCUUAGACCUUUGGUCCCUGCCAGUAUCCCUGAUUUUGGGUAUUUAAGCCGCCAAUUUAAUGUUUCUGUGGGACGGGAUGAGUACUCUAGUCUAGGUACCGCCUAUGAGCUUCCUUUGUAAAGGCAUCUCUUCAGUCACCCAACAUUUAAGACGGAGCCACAUGGAUGCCCUCCUUCCUAUGGCUGUGAUGUCUGGCAGGACUGGCUCCAGCUAGGAGGGGGAAACAACCCUUAGUGCAGGCCUUUUCUCUCCUCCUUCAGGUCAGGGGCUGAAGGUUUGAAAUGCCACAUGUGAAGGGCUUUUGUUGUUUAUAAUUUUUUAAAUGUAAACUUGAUUAUUUUAUUGCUAAUUUAAAAAUAAAUGACUUUAUAUUGAUUGCAAAA